UGUGCAACUAACGCUUCUCUCUCUCCCUUCGUACACGUAAAUAUAGAGAGAGAAAGAGAGAGAGUUUUUCAGUUACCAAGAACAAGAGAACCAUUACCCCCUCUCCUUCCCUCCACAGUUCAGAUACGAGUUGAAGAGAGAGAAGAUAAUAGUAGUGUUGGUGGAGCCAGCGCGCAAUGCGCACCAGUUCAUCCAUUCCCGGCGCACGCAUCCCAAUGGAUUCUUCUUCAUCUGUUACAGCCUGUUCUAACCUAAACAGAUUAAUUCCCACUCUCUCUCAUCAACACUCUCCUACGCGCACUUUAUCUUUCUCUCUCUAAACCAUAGCAUAGCAUAAACUGGUUUGAUUUUGUUCACAGCAAUCUGAUUUGACUCGUCUCGCCUGAAGCGCACCAAAUGGAUCCGUGUCCUUUCGUGCGCCUCACCGUAGGCAAUCUCGCCAUGAAGAUUCCGGUGGCGGCGAAGCCUGCUCGCUCCGUCGUUCACCCGUCGUCAUCGCCGUGCUUCUGCAAGAUCAAGUUAAGUAACUUCCCUAUCCAAACAGCGGUGAUUCCCUACAUUCCGGCGGAGAACCAGUUCUCCGACAGUCAGGUGCAGAACCUAGCGGCGAGCUUCCACUUGAGCAAGUCCGAUCUGGACAAACUCGCCGGAAAAUCUCUCUUCGCUGGAAAACUCAACCUGAAAAUCUCGAUCUACACUGGCCGUAGAGGCACCACUUGCGGAGUGAACUCUGGAAGGCUGUUGGGGAAAGUAUCGGUGCCGUUGGAACUGGCGGGAACAGAGUCUAGGGCUUGUGUGUUUCACAAUGGUUGGAUAAGUGUGGGCAAAGACGCUGCUAAGAAUUCGAGUACUCAGUUCCACUUGAAUGUGAAGGCAGAGCCUGAUCCGAGGUUCGUGUUUCAGUUCGACGGCGAGCCGGAGUGCAGUCCUCAGGUGUUUCAGAUCAAAGGCAACAUUCGUCAACCGGUGUUCACUUGCAAGUUUAGUUUCAGAAGUACCGGCGACCGGAAUCAGCGAUCCAGAUCGUUGCAUUAUGAUCAAAGCAGUUCAAGGAGCUGGUUGAGUUCGUUCGGAAGCGAGAGAGAACGACCAGGAAAGGAACGAAAGGGAUGGUCGAUCACGGUCCACGACCUCUCCGGUUCACCAGUCGCCGCCGCGUCAAUGGUGACGCCGUUCGUCGCCUCCCCCGGUUCAGACCGGGUCAGCCGGUCCAACCCGGGCUCCUGGCUCAUCCUCCGCCCCGGAGACGGCACGUGGAAGCCGUGGGGCCGUCUCGAGGCGUGGCGUGAGCGCGGUGCUGCCGACGGUCUCGGCUACCGCUUUGAGCUCAUCCAGGACUCCGCCGCCGCCGGCAUUGUCCUUGCCGAGUCGACCCUCAGCUCCAAAAAAGGCGGCAAAUUCGUCAUCGAUCUCGGGGCAAACCAAUCCUCCAAUGGAAGGUCGACACCUGGGAAUUCCACAUCACCGGCGUGUAGUCCGAGAAGUAGCGGAGACUUUGGCUACGGGUUAUGGCCUUAUUGCAUGUACAGAGGAUUCGUGAUGUCGGGGAGCGUGGAAGGUGAGGGGAGGAAGUGUAGUAAACCGACGGUGGAGGUUAGCGUGCAGCACGUGAGCUGCACGGAGGAUGCAGGGGCGUUCGUGGCAUUAUCAGCAGCCAUUGAUUUGAGCAUGGACGCUUGCAAGCUUUUCUCUCAAAAGCUUCGGAAAGAGCUUUGCCCGACCCAGGAUUCACUCAACUGAACCGAACCGAAUCAUUUGGAUAGGACCGGAUCUCUUUGGUCAUCUUUUGUAUUUACCAACUUCUUUUUUAAUUUUUUUGUGGGAGUGUUUUUUUAUUUUCGAUGGAAAUUUCUUUUUUUAAUUUCCGUCCCUUUGUGAGCUGGUUACUACUAACACGGUGAGAAGAGUGAGAGGAGGGGUUUAGACAGGGCACGCUUUGUUUUUUUGAGUCGUGUGGCUUCUGUAAUUUUUACCAUUUUCUUAGUGGGGGAUGGUUUUGGUGAUCAUCAUCCUAUCAUGUGUAGUCUCAACUGACUUGAGUUCUCUUUAAUUAGAAGGAUUGUUGAGUUGAA